GAGUUCCAGUGAUAAAAAAUUACUAUCAUUAAACUAUCACUUUACAUUUCAAUGUUUCACUUUAAUAUUCAUGUACAGUUAUUAUGAUUUAUAACAAUGUGGUAUAUUUAUGAUGAAUUAUUAUUUGUGUAUACAGAGUCUUUUCACUUGAGAGGUUACAGUGUGCUGCUGGCAGCUCCUCCCAUGCAGCUAUAAGAGCCCAGCUGACCAGGUAGUCUGCGUCCAUCCUUAAAAUAGGCCACUGCAGACUCACUCAUGAAAAGUCGUUCAGCUUUAUUAAAAACGUCUUUUUUUCACAAGUAGUUAUAUGCAGUCUUUGUGCCAUACUGAGAUGUAGGGUUAGCCCCUGAGUUGGUUUUCUGUCUGAUCUAAAAGAGGAUUUAGAGCCACACCGGGACUUGUAACUUUUAAUGAUGACUUACGCCAUGCUGCGGCCUGUGGCGACACACUUGAUCUAUUCAGACUUCACUGUCACGUCCGAGGAUGACGAAAACCGCAGCGAAAGCGACGGCAGCUCGGAGCAAAGUUACUGUGGCUCCAGCGAAAAACGAAGAAGGAUUUCUCGCAAACUGGUAGGAGACUCCGCGGUGGUCGUGAAACAGAGGAGUGCAGCUAACGCCAGGGAGAGAGGCAGGACCCAGAGUGUCAACACGGCGUUCACAGCUCUCAGGACUCUCAUACCCACCGAGCCGGUGGACAGAAAGCUCUCCAAAAUUGAAACUCUUCGACUGGCAUCCAGCUACAUUUCCCACCUGGCCAAUGUGCUUCUUCUCGGGGACGGCGGCGGUGAUGGACAGCCCUGCCUAGGCCCGGUUCAUGCGCAAGGAGAGAGCGGGGCGCAGCAGCCGCGGACCAUCUGCACCUUCUGUUUGAGCAACCAGAGAAAAGGGAUAAAGGAUGGCAAAGACUGUCUUAAAAUGCGAGGGCUGGGCCCUCUACGAAUGAGACGCUGAUUGAAGUCCAGUGAGUGAUCAGCAACCUGAAAUCCUCAAAGACUUUCUCAGGGAAGAGUCAAAGCUGGUGUUACAUAGCACACACACACACAUACACAUGCUGGAUCAAAUGAUGAAUCAGAAGAUGGAACCAAAGAAGAGACUAUUUAUACUUGACUGAGAAAUGUAAGCAUAAGCCUUUCAAAGAUGCAGUGCAUUUUUUGAAACUUAUGAGUUUUUGGUCCCUUUUCCCCCCAAAAGUUUUAAAUAAAAUAUAUUUUAUCAAAAAAAAAGCAACUUUUUUUAAUCUGAUUCCUUAUUUUGAUCACAGUGUCUUAUGACAACAAUAAACACACAAAAGCUGUCAAACAAGAUGAAUAUUAGUCCUGUCAAACUA